AUGGCUGAGUUCACAGAAUUGUUUCCCUUAGGCCAAAAAUUGGAUGGUUUGAUGCAUAUGUAUGUGUACAUAGUCACUUUUGACCUUCAAACUGUGGUCAUUGUUGGUAUCAUAGUCACAUUGUUCUUCUUCAUCUUCUACCAAAUUCUAAAUGGUUUAUUUUAUUGGUUAAUGGAAAGGAGACCAAAUGAACAUGAUCUUGAAGAAGGAAACACUCAUCUAGCUUAUGGGGCCUCUGACCCAUCUCACCAAGUUACCAUUUUCCAUGCUCUUGUACAUAGCAACUUGCAAGCUUGGACAUUGGUGACUGCAUUUGAAGGAAUGUUUGAUGAGAAGCGAGGACAGAUGCUUAGAACUUUCAAGAAAUUGCCUCCUUUGGUGAACUAUGGAAGACAUCAUAUGAUAAGAAAUUGUGGUGAAUGUGCCAUUUGCUUAGAAGACUUUCAAGUUGGUCAGUGUUGUCAAGUUUUUCCUGUGUGCAACCACUUUUUUCAUUCAGAUUGCAUAGACCAUUGGUUGCAGAAGAAAUUAACAUGUCCAAUAUGUCGUAGUCGUAUAUAG